GAACGGCCAUUGCCGGGGCAUUCAUGCACCCAAAUCGCCAUUAAGCAUCACUUACCUCCUAUAAAAGAUCGAAACAUUGUUCACAUUGCCAUUGCCAUAGCCAUAGCCAAAACAAAGUAAUGGGUUUCUCCUCCUUUUCUUCAACCUUUCUCCCAUGGCUUCUCACCCUCAUCUUGCUAGUCCUCUCCCUCACCCUCUGCAAGUUCUUCCUUCUGAAACAGAGCAAAAAGUCGGCCAAGUUUCCUCCCGGCCCCAGAAAACUCCCCAUCAUCGGAAACCUCCACCAACUUGGCAAGAUUCCUCAUUACUCUCUCUGGAAGCUGUCUCACAAACACGGCCCGAUCAUGCUUCUAAAACUCGGCCGAGUCCCGACCCUCGUCGUCUCCACGCCGGAAUUGGCAAAACAGGUCCUCAGAACUCACGAUCUCGAUUGCUGCACCAGGCCUCUCUCUUGGGGCCAGCGGAAACUGUCCUACAACUUUCUCGACUUGGCCUUCUCGCCUUACGGCGAGUACUGGCGAGAGAUGCGCAAGCUUUGCGUGAUCGAGCUCUUGACCAACAAGCGAGUGCAGUCCUUCUGGAAGGUUCGCGAAGCCGAGAUUGGCCACUUGAUUGGGUCCCUGUCUGAAGCUUCGCCGAACCCGGUUGAUCUCAGCGAUGCGAUCCUUAAUUUGACAAAUAACGUGAUUCGGAAGAUUGCGUUUGGGACGAACCACAGGGAGAGCCAGUUUGAGUACGGGACGUUGAAGGAUAUUAUCGACGAUACGAUGGUUUUGUUGAGUGGUUUAGCGGCGUCGGAUUUCUUCCCGGCGGCCGGAGGGGUGCUUGAUUGGGUCACGGGGCUGCGGAGAAAGGUGGAUAAGACGUUUCGGAACCUGGAUGCGUUCUUGGAGGCGGCGCUGGAAGCGCAUCUGGAUCCGGCGUGGAGGCCGAAGCAGCAUGAAGACAUCAUUGAUGUUAUGCUUGGUUUGGCCAAGGAUCGAACUACUGUUGUCCAUCUUACCAAGGAUCAUAUGAAGGCAAUCCUAUUGGAUAUUUUUCUGGGUUCGAUCGUCACCAGUUCCGUCACUAUAAUCUGGGCCAUGGCUGAGCUUGCGAAGAACCCAAGAGCCAUGAAAAAGGCCCAAGCCCAAAUUAGAAGCUGCAUCGGAAGAAAGCCCAAGGUGGACGAAGCCGAGCUGGACAAGCUCACCUAUCUGAAACUGGUGGUGAAGGAGACUCUCCGGCUGCACCCUCCGGCGUCGCUGCUUCUUCCCCACGAAACCAUCCGGCACUGCCAGAUCGGCGGCUACAGCAUCAACCCCAAAACUAGGAUUCUGGUGAACGCAUGGGCCAUCGGAAGAGACCCCAAAAUCUGGACGGACCCAGAGGAGUUCAUCCCGGAGAGGUUUGAGAACAGUCCCAUCGACUUCAUAGGCCAUAAUUUCGAGUUAUUGCCGUUUGGGUCUGGCCGGAGGAUGUGCCCUGGGAUCAAUAUGGCUACCGUGUCUGUGGAGUUCACAUUGGCGAAUCUGCUGCACUGCUUGAACUGGAAACUGCCGGACUGGAUGAAGGAGGAGGAGCUGAGCAUGGAAGAAGAGUUUGGGCUGACCAUCAGGAAGAAGGUGCCUCUGUUGCUUGUCCCUGUCAACUACAAUUGGCAGGAGGAUUAUGCAGGCUAAUUAAUUAAGUGGGAGUUCGUUCAGAAAUAAAGUUGCUUGUUUUAGUUUCUAAUCCUUUUGUCGCUCAAUUAUAAGUAAUGAACAUCCUUAUGCAGUCAAUUAAUGUCUCUUUUGACAAUAUUAUAUUUGACUUCGCCU